CAAAGUCUCUGAUUAUUCGAUAUUGUUUGUAUCCUUUCCCUGUUCUAAUCAGACAUUGUGUCCAUUGGUUGACUCACUAGGUGUCAGUGUUACAUUAGGCAACAAUUUAGCCUUCAAUCCCAGCAGGCUCUGCCCCUUGCAAAUUCUUCUUUUUCUUUUUUUGUCUAUUUGGACAAAGAAUGGUGAUGAUUUGGAAGUGAACAGCACGUACUCCAUGCUACUAUCAUUGUCGGAAUCUUAUCUUAGAAAUACUGGAUUUAUUUUUCCCCGAAGGCAAUUUGUGGACGGACAUUUUUAUGAUUAUGUCAACGGAGAAAAAGGAUAAAACGGCACAAUGAUAUAUUGGUCUCGUGCUCUGUUUUUGCUGCUGUUUUUCGGGAAUACGGGGCUGACUUUAGCACAGAUUAAAUAUUCCACAUCGGAGGGGGUUAAAGUGGGAGCUGUGAUCGGAAAUGUGGCCAAGGACUUAGGCCUCGAUGUCAGCACGCUGACGAGUAGGCGUUUUCGCAUUGUGUCCGGAGCUCACGGCGCGCUGUUUGAGGUAAACCCGAACAACGGCAUGUUAUAUGUGCGCCAGAAUAUUGACCGAGAGCAGCUGUGUGACAGAAAUAUUGCAUGUUUAACCGAUCUAAAAAUUGUUGUUGAAAAUCCCCUUGAGGUCCACUAUGUCUCUGUCGAAAUAAUAGAUGCAAACGACCAUGCACCGACUUUUGCAGAAAAAGAAAAGGUAAUAGAAAUAGCGGAGCAGACAGCUACGGGAACCCGAUUCCAAUUGCCAGGCGCCCACGACCCAGAUGUGGGAAUAAAUUCAAUCCAGCGCUAUAAACUGAGUCAAAAUGACAAUUUCCAUUUGGAAAUUCGAAACAGAGGGGAGGAUAAAAUCCCCUUCCUAGUUCUACAGAGGCAACUCGAUAGAGAGCAGAAAACAAACCACAGCUUAAUUUUAACGGCUAUGGAUGGAGGGGCGCCGUCACAAUCAGCACAACUCAACGUUACGGUGAAGGUUCUUGACACAAACGAUAACAGACCGAUUUUUUCAAAAGAGGUUUAUUCUGCUGUUUUGCAAGAAAAUGCUGUGAUUGAUACGGUUGUAAUAAAAGUCGAAGCGACUGAUCUAGACGAGGGACCUAACGCUGACAUAGAGUAUGCCUUUGGAACUGAUAUUAAUUCAGACUUGCUAAAACUAUUUAGUUUAAACACAAAUACAGGAGAAAUUCGAGUGAGCGGAUUAAUUGAUUAUGAGACCGUUAAUGUUUACAAAUUAGACGUGCAAGCUUCUGACAAAGGCCAGCCACCAAUGACCACUGACUGUAGAGUGAUAAUCAAGAUCCAAGAUGUUAAUGACAAUAAGCCAGAGAUAGACAUUACAUCUCUAUCCCGCCUGGUCCCGGAGGAUUCAAAGCAUGGUACCGUGAUUGCUCUAAUCAGUUUCACUGACAGGGAUUCUGGUCUUAAUGGCAAAGUCCUUUAUCGUCUGACAGAUAACGUGCCUUUUGAAUUAAAACCAUCCUAUAAAGAAAAUAUGUACUCAUUGGUCACAAAGGCCAAUUUGGACAGAGAAACGUUAUCAUAUUAUAAUAUCUCAAUAACAGCUACAGAUUGCGGUGAGCCAUCUCUCUCCACUGUAAAAACUUUAAUCAUUCAGGUGUCGGAUGUAAAUGACAACACUCCUGUGUUUUUACAAAACCCUCUUCAGUUGUAUUUAAUGGAGAAUAAUGCUCCAGGUGAAACUAUAUUUUCUGUAAGCGCGCUCGAUAAUGACUUGAACGAAAAUGCUGUCCUGUCCUAUCGGUUGCUCAAAAGUGAAGGGGGUCACAGGGAAAUAACAUCAUUUUUGAACAUACAUGCUGAUACAGGGCAAAUAUCAGCAAUGAAAAGUUUUCGACUUUGAAACUCUGAAAACUUUCCAGUUCCAAGUUGUCGCCACUGAUUCUGGGACUCCGUCACUGAGCAGCAACGUCACAGUGAACGUGUUCAUUCUGGAUCAG